CUGACGCGCACAGGGCACGCAGGCGGCUUUUACCACUUUAAUAAUAUUUCACACUUUUUAAUUUUCAAAACAAACGCCUACCUGGCCACCGUCCUUUGCUUCCUUUCCCAGUUCAUCUCUUUAAUUGUUGAAAAGGCCCAUUUUCAGUUACACACCAAUAUCAAACCUAAACAAUAACCAUGUCACCAUUUACAUUUCACAACACUCUUCAAAUCCUACAUUGAAUUUACUUUCCACAUGACUGAACCAUUUGCUGAUUCAAAUCCUGACGCGUGGCAAGACCUACUCCGGAGAAUGUUGCCUGCCGGAGCUCCGUUACCGGACGAAGAACAACUCGACUAUUCAAUCGCGGUUGAGUAUAAAGGUCCUCCUUUAGAUUUUCCUGUUCCAGUAAUUGAUCCAGUGCUCUCUUCUUCCAAAACUACCCUCCCUAAACCUCCUAAAUUCCGUAAAGUGCCCUCUCUUCAUUCCAAAUUUGCUCUGCAAAUGAAGAAAAAAAGUAGCACGAGUGGAAGUUCGUGUUCGACUUCAAAGCUACGCAUCAAUUCCAGCUCAGAUAAUAGUGGUAAUGUUCCGGUUGUUAAUACGGAUGAAAGUGCUGGGAAUGAAUAUGAACAUGAUAAUGAUCAAUAUGGUGAGGUUGAUAGAAAUGAGUAUAAUUCACCGCGGUCUGAUGAUGUUGAUGGUAAAUCAUCACUGGUAAGGGAGAAAGAUGGAAAAAAUGAUAGUUUAGGGGUUAAGGUUAGGACUCGGGUCUGUAGUAGGUGUGGGAAGAAUAGUAGGUUAAGGGGGAGGGAGGUUUGCAUUGUGUGUGGUGCUAGGUACUGUAGAGACUGUUUGCUUAAGGCUAUGGGCUCAAUGCCAGAGGGUAGAAAAUGUGUGGGAUGCAUAGGAGAGCCUAUAAAUGAGGUUAACAGAGAGAAAUUGGGUAAGUGUUCGCGUUUGCUGGCGAAAGUUUGCAGUCCAUUGGAAGUCAAGCAGAUAAUGAAGGCGGAGAGUGAGUGCUUGGCGAACCAAAUUCAACCUGAGCAGGUGUGGGUCAAUGGAAGACCAUUGCGGGAGGAAGAACUAGCUGAGGUACUUGGAUGUGCAAUGCCACCGCAAAAGUUGAUACCUGGAAAGUAUUGGUAUGACAAGGAUUCGGGGCUUUGGGGAAAGGAGGGAGAGAAGCCAGAUAGGAUAAUAAGUUCAAAACUGAAUGUGGGCGGUAAGCUUCAGAUUGAUGCUAGUAAAGGAAAUACAAAAGUGUACAUCAAUGGCCGUGAGAUUACAAAGGUUGAGCUCAGGGUUCUGAAGUUAGCCAAAGUUCAGUGUCAACGAGGUACUCACUUUUGGGUAUAUGAUGAUGGAUCCUACGAGGAAGAAGGUCAAAAUAAAAUUAGAGGAAACAUAUGGGGAAAGGCAUCUACUCGUUUCAUUUGUUCAUUGUUUUCAUUGCCUGUUCCACCUGGAAAUAUUCACGGGCCAAAAGAAGAUGCAACUGCUUUUUCAGGUGGAUCUAUACCUGAGUAUUUGGAGCAUGGUAGAGUACAGAAACUUUUGUUGUUUGGGUUGGAAGGAUCCGGGACAAGCACCAUUUUUAAGCAGGUGAAGUUUAUAUCUAAAAGCAAAUUCACAGUAGAUGAGGUACAGAAUGUCAAGCUUAUCAUUCAAAGAAACAUCUAUAGAUACCUGAGUGUCUUACUGGAGGGGCGAGAGCACUUUGAGGAGGAGGCCUUGAUGGAUAAAAAAACUUCUGAUUUGGAGAUAGAAAAUCUAUCACCAGGUGAAACGGGAACUGAUGGGAGCAGGCGCUGCAUCUACUCAAUCAAUCAAAGAGUAAAACAUUUUUCUGAUUGGUUACUGGAAAUAAUAGCUAUGGGAGAUUUGGAUGCUUUCUUUCCUGCUGCUACGCGUGAAUAUGCUCCAGUUGUAGAUGAGGUCUGGAGAGACCCUGCCAUCCAGGAAACAUACAAGAGGAGGGGUGAACUGAAUUUUCUUCCUGAUACUGCUAAAUAUUUCCUGGACCAGGCCAUCGAAAUAUCUAGUAAUGAGUAUGAACCUUCAGAAAAGGACAUUUUAUAUUCUGAAGGGGUGACUCCUAGCAAUGGACUUGCUUCUCUUGAAUUCUCAUUUGAUGAUCACAGCUCCAUGUCCGAGAUCUACGGCGAGGAGUUAGAAAGCCAACCUCCUUGGACCAAGUAUCAAUUGAUCCGUAUCAGCUCGAAAGGAGUCCAUGAUAGUGGUAAAUGGCUUGAAAUGUUUGAAGAUGUCAAAGUGGUAGUCUUCUGUGUGUCCUUGAGUGACUAUGACCAGUCAUCGACCCGAGAUGGUACCUCAGAAAAUAAAAUGUUGGCAAGCAGAGAUGUAUUUGAGAGUUUAGUUAAACAUAGGAGUUUCGAGGAUGCUGCUUUCGUGCUCCUCCUAAAUAAAUAUGAUACCUUUGAGGAUAAAAUCAACCAAGUUCCUUUGACAGUCUGUGAUUGGUUUCAUGACUUUAGACCUUUCAAACAUCGGCAAAAUAAUCAAGCGCUGGCAAAUCAGGCAUACUAUUAUGUUGCUGUUAAGUUCAAACAGCUAUAUGCUUCAAUCACAGGCAGAAAGCUUUUUGUCUGGCCAACCAGGGCACUUGAACGUACAUCUGUUGAUGAAGCAUUUAGGUAUGUACGGGAAGUUCUAAUGUGGGAGGAAGAGAAGAAAAGGAUGUAUUGCACCGCUGAGGAUGAUUCUUUCUCCACUACAGAAGCCGAUUUUACCCCAUGAAUGCAGCAAGAAUGAGAUAUCAGUUUGCCACUUGGUUUUCAAGAGUUUUGUUUAGCUUUCCAUAGUUGUGGAGGAGACGAGGACUUCUAGAGAGGUUUUGUCAUAAAAAUCUGCAGCCCUUGUGCCUUCCUAGUGGGGCUCCACAACAUCAUUCAGACUUCCACUUACUGCAAGGGAGUAUCGCAUUAUUUUAACGAUUGAGACAAUCACUGAUUUCAUCUGAAUAGAUUUAGCAGAUUCAAUGAAUCAGUUCGUAACUGAAAUGGAUGAUGAUUUGAUCCUUAGUUCCUUAUAGCUUGUAAAAAUGUAGAGCAGCUUUUGCACUUUCUCUUUUCUUGUAAAUGCCUCAGCUAUAUGAGUUAAUAUUGAAGAGCGCUCUUCGCCCCUUUG